GCAAGGGGUUGGCUUCCUUGCUCCGGGUCCGUGGUACAUGCCUGUUCUACUUGCUGAUCGUGUUCGCUGUCUGCGCGUUCGCCAUGUCGUCUCUGUUGAUUCAGAAUUCGAUUACAUCGGUUUUCUGGCAAGGUAAUGUGAAGGGUGGGCAAGUGAGGAGCCGAAUUAGACUAGGGGCUACGUUGAAGUACGUGCCUGGAAGCGUUGCGAGGAGAGUAAUUGAGGGUCAAGGGCUUGAUCCUUUGCGGUCAGUGGUUAGGAUCGGCGUUCGACCGCCGAGGCUGGCUCUGAUACUAGGAAAUUUGGAGAAAGAUCCGCGGACAUUAAUGUUGGUUACUGUGAUGAAGAAUCUCCGAACACUAGGUUAUAUGCUUAAGGGCUUUGCGGUCAAGAAUGGUGAAUCACGUUCUCUGUGGGAACAAUUGGUUGGUCACAUUACAAUUUUGGUUCCCGAUCAACUGGGGCACAUUGAUUGGACAAGCUUUGAAGGUGUUAUAGCUGAUUCAAUUGAAGCAAAGGAGGCCAUUUCAAGCUUUAUGCAGGAGCCUUUCCGUUCGGUACCACUAAUAUGGAUAAUUCAUGAAGAUACCCUUGCACGGAGAUUGCCUGCCUACUUAGAGAUGGGCCAGAAUUCUCUUAUUUCUCAUUGGAGAAGUGCCUUUGGAAGAGCAGAUGUUGUUGUUUUUCCAGAUUUCUCCUUGCCGAUAUUGCAUAGCGUUCUUGAUGAUGGAAACUUCUAUGUGAUUCCGGAAUCUGUAGUUGAUGUGUGGACUGCAGAAAGCUACUGUGAAAAUCACACAAAGCAAAAAGUUAGGGAAGCUAAUGGAUUUACUGAGGAUGACCUGGUUAUUGUGGUGCUUGGGAGCUCUUUGUUUUACGAUGAGCUUUCCUGGGAUUAUGCUGUGGCAAUGCACAUGCUAGGGCCACUUUUAACACGAUAUGGGAGGAGAAAAGAUUCAAGUGGGUCCUUUAAAUUUGUUUUUCUACAUGGUAAUUCCACUGCAGGACACAGUGAUGCUUUACAGGAGGUCACAGCAAGGCUCGGGCUGAAAGAAGGCACUCUUCAGCAUUUCGGCUUAAAUGAGGAUGCCAACGGAGUUUUAUUGAUGGCUGAUAUUGUUGUUUAUGGAUCUUCCCAAGAGGAAGAGAAUUUUCCUCCUCUCGUUAUUCGAGCAAUGAGCUUUGGGAUCCCUAUCAUAACACCUAAUUUUCCCAUCAUGAAAAAAUACAUGGCUGAUGGAGCUCAUGGGAUAAUUUUCGAAAGACAUGAUCCCAAUGCAUUGUUAAAGGCUUUCUCACUCAUGAUAUCGGAUGGAAGAGUUUCUAAGUUUGGUCGGACAAUUGCAUCUUCGGGAAGACUGUUGGCCAAGAACAUAAUGGCAUCAGAAUGCAUUACUGGUUAUGCUAGACUUUUGGAGAGUAUACUUCAUUUCCCAUCAGAUACUUCCUUGCCAGGCUCUGUUUCCCACCUUCAACAGGCAGCAUGGGAGUGGAAUCUGUUCAGGAAGGAGAUAGGACAGCAGAAAAGUUACAUUCAUGAUUCGGAUAGCACUGGUGCUUUCAUUGGAAGGCCUGGAGUCGUUUUCCAUGUUGAAGAGACGUUCAUGGGAAUCAUUGAUUCAAGAAAUCCUGUUGACAACGAUACCUUUAUCUUGUCUGAAGAUCUUCCUUCCAAACAAGAUUGGGAUGUUCUCGAGGAGAUAGAGCAAACUGAAGAGUAUGAGAGAGUAGAAACAGAGGAGUUAGAGGAAAGAAUGGAAAAAGGUGCUGAUGACUGGGAUGAAAUAUACCGAAAUGCUCGCAAAUCUGAGAAGCUUAGAUUUGAAGUGAACGAAAGAGAUGAAGGAGAGCUAGAGAGAACUGGUCAGCCUGUGUGUAUUUAUGAGAUAUAUGACGGAGCUGGUGCCUGGCCAUUUUUGCAUCAUGGUUCACUGUACCGUGGUCUGAGCCUGUCCAGUAAAGCUCGGAGGCUAAGCUCAGAUGACGUGGAUGCUGCUGAUCGAUUACCUCUACUAAAUGAUACUUAUUGCCGGGAUAUCCUUUGCGAGCUCGGAGGAAUGUUUUCAGUUGCCAACAAAGUGGACAGCAUUCACAUGAGACCUUGGAUUGGAUUUCAGUCAUGGCGUGCUGCUGGCAGGAAGGCUUCGUUGUCAGCAAAAGCUGAAAUUGCCCUGGAAGAUGUUAUACAACAAGUCACCAAGGGAGAUAUCGUAUAUUUCUGGUCACGAUUAGACAUGGAUGGUGGAGCUCUCGGAAGUAAAAAUGCCCUAACGUUCUGGUCCAUGUGCGAUAUUUUGAACGCAGGAAAUUGCAGAACAAUUUUCGAAGAUUCAUUCCGCCAUAUGUAUGCAUUGCCUGCACAUGUCGAAGCACUUCCUCCCAUGCCAGAAGAUGGUCAUUACUGGUCUGCCCUCCACAGUUGGGUGAUGCCAACUCCAUCUUUCCUCGAGUUCAUCAUGUUUUCGAGGAUGUUUUCGGAUUCUCUUGAUGCACUUCACGACAAACCUAACGAAACCAGAACAUGUUCACUGGCUUCAUCAGAUCUCGAGAGAAAGCAUUGCUACUGCCGGAUUCUGGAAUUGGUAAUCAACGUCUGGGCUUAUCACAGUGGAAGAAAGAUGGUUUACAUAAAUCCUAGAACUGGCUCUCUCCAAGAACAGCAUCCUCUACCUCAGAGAAAGGGAUUCAUGUGGGCAAAGUACUUCAACUUCACCUUAUUGAAGAGCAUGGACGAAGACCUAGCCGAAGCUGCAGACGAUGGUGACAACCCAAGGGAGAGAUGGCUAUGGCCAUUAACCGGGGAAGUACACUGGCAAGGUGUAUAUGAACGGGAACGAGAAGAGAGGUACCGGUUGAAGAUGGACAAGAAACGCAAAAUCAAAGAGAAACUUUACGAGAGGAUGAAAUAUGGGUACAAGCAGAAAUCUCUAGGAGGAUGAUACGAAAAAAAACCGAGCUUUCGGGUUUCUACUAACACGUUUUCGGGUUCAGUCCCCGAGAUUUUUUGACACGAGGAAACUCGCCGGAGCAGAUUCACCGACCAGAUCGAAGCAUGUUUGGCAAGUAAGGAUUCUUUCUUCCUGUUAUUUGCUUCACACGAAACUCAAAACUCAGUUUCUUUUUUUUUUUUUUUUGGCAAACUGAUAGAUUUUAUAGUAUGGGUUUUUGAUGGUUUGUAUAUACAUUCAUUGGUACCAAAUUUUUUUAUGAUGAUAGCAAUAACCAUCUUAGCUUUAGUUUUCUAA